CGGUCCAUCCACCCUCGCAGCCCCCUCCCGGUGCUCAUUACUCCUAGCUCUUCGUAUCCGCUUAGAUUGAGCGAGAGCACGACGCGAUUUAGUGUUGCCUCCGGAGCACUCCAUGGUGGACCAAUCUCGUCUCGGAUCAAACUGUGCGUCGUUCCAUUGAACGACACCGGCGCGCAGAAUACCUGGUGCUCCUCCGACGCGUUUUCCAGAGUUAACGACCUCGACGAUGUGACACCGGUAUCCUAAACAAAGCUCUGAGCCCGAACAAGCUGGUGAUCGAUUACAAUCCAAUAUUAUUUGAACAGUAAAAUCGACAUUCGGAGAAAAUCGCUGGGUAUCGAGAUAAAAGAAGGUGUGUAGAGUUUAGAAGAAAGUUUUGGAGCAGAUUUGAAAGGAGAAAAACGAAAGAGAUCGAGAACAAUCAAAACGCACAUUUAUGGCGUGAGAGUGACCUGUGCUAAUUAAUUGAGCCCGAAGGUGGUGGCCCGAUGUUCGAUGAGUGCAGGUGAUGACAGAUGUGUCGAUCGUUGUUACGGAGUGUAACCUAUCGUCGUUUCUGCCAACGCGUCCUCACGAUACCGUUGUCUUAACGCGAUAUAAGUGAAAUCGUGAAAUAUAAAAUCAAUACACACGCAAUAAUGAAUCGAGCCGCUAAAGUUUACAAGCUGCUGGCAGUCUUAUUCUGCUACGAAGCCUGCAGCUACAGCUUAGUACUAGAAGAGGAUAAGGAACCGACUUAUCUUAGUGCCGGGGUAGGAGAAUACGCGGUAUUUAAUUGCGAUCUUGACUUUCCACACGAAACACCGAUUCCGUAUGUGCUUCAAUGGAACCGCCACAAACGUACAAUAUUUUCCUGGUACGAUGGACAUGUGACGGUGGACAAUGCUUACAAAGGUCGCAUACACUUGUUGGACGAUAUCGGACAUCGCGGAUACGGCCAGGGUAGCAUAAACCUGACAAAUAUUCGUGAAAGCGAUCAGGGCUGGUACGAGUGCAAGGUGAUCUUUCCCAAUAGAACGCCGAAUUCUAGAAACAAUGGCACGUGGUUCCACCUCGCCAUCGAUGGUGCGUCGCCGUUCCCGACGACUGUUGCAGGCGAUACUCUACUAACGAUACCACCUGUCAAUAAAACUGCCAUGGAAGGCGAGACUGUCACCUUUGACUGUGUCGCUAAGGGCGAGAGUACGAUUGUAACGUGGUUUCGUGAAGGGAUACCGAUCUCGGAAAUACAAGAUCUCAGAAGAAGAGCGUCUGUCGAUAACGGAACGUUGACUAUAACUUCAGCUGCUAUGGGUGAUCUUGGGGAAUACACCUGCGUAGUGACCGGGGAAAAUGGAGAUCAACAAAGCGCCUCGGCCUUUCUCAACGUUCAAUAUAAGGCAAAAGUAAUUUACGCACCCCGGGAAGUAUAUCUUCCAUAUGGCAAACCAGCCCUCUUAGACUGCCACUUCAGAGCGAAUCCACCUCUCACGAAUCUUCGUUGGGAAAAGGAUGGAUUCCUCUUUGAUCCUUACAACGUGCAAGGGGUCUUCUAUAGAAGGAACGGAUCUCUCUAUUUUAGUAAAGUGGACGAGACGCAUUCGGGAAGUUAUAGCUGCACUCCGUACAAUGAACUAGGCACCGAAGGGCCUAGUCCUUCGAUCACCGUAAUAGUUCAAAGACCACCGGUAUUCACAGUUACACCGCAAAAUUUAUAUAUGCGAAAGCUGGGCGACGUUUUGGAAAUUCCUUGCCAAGCCAGAGACGGCGAUGACUCGCGUCAACCUACCAUCGUGUGGUACAAAGACGGAAUGCCUUUACCGCCUGACAGAACUAUCAUAACUGGUGGCAAUCUCACGAUAGAAAGGAUCCAGGAACACGAUCGAGGAUUAUAUCAAUGCGCAGCUAGCAAUGAGGCAGCAACGGUCGUCGCGGAUGCUGAAUUAAUGGUAUUGAACGUUCCGCCUAGAGCACCGUACAAUCUAAGCGCCAACAGCAGCAAAAAUGCCGUCACUUUGACUUGGAUACCUGGAUACGUGAGACCCAAGAUGGAAUAUUCAGUAUGGUAUAGACCAACGGACACGUCCGAAUGGAGAACCAUGAAAAUUCUCUCGAGAAAAAUUACGGAGGCGACAGUCAACAAUCUUUAUCCAGGACGAGAAUACGAGUUUAUGGUACUGAGUCAAGAUAAGCACGGCGAUGGAAUGUUCAGUAAAGCGCUUCGAAUAUUCACUCAGCCGAGUAAGAUUAUCACCUUUCUGCAGAGUUCCAUCGAUGAGAACUCGGCAUCGGAAUAUCACAGUCCGCUAGAAGAAAGCAUGGGUCCGCCGACUAACGUAAAGGUUCAAGCGACGGUUGAGGGUUACUUGGUUACUUGGGAACCACCUGAAUACGGAAAGAACCAAGUUAGGCUUUAUACCGUAAGAUGGUUUAGAGGACCGUCCGAGCAUUUGUAUGGAAGAGCAGAAACAACCGAUACUUAUUAUCUAGUGAAAACUUUGGAGGAAGAAAGCUUUUAUACUUUCGAAGUGGCAGCGAUGUCCCUUACAGACGAUAUUGCAACCAGCGAACGAAUCGGUUUAGAAGUGCCUGCUUACCGUCGCAAUAGGGCGAUUUCCAUGGGAAUCGUGGCCGGUAUAGGUUUUUUGGCAGCCGCUCUAGCCGCUGUAUGGUGGGCGAGAAAACGUUUUUGUCAGCCGUCUAACGAGAAAUAGCCGACCGAACUUGUGGAAAACACAUGUGGUGUACUCAAGCAAGAUAGCUGUUCGUGCGCAUAAUUAAUUACAAGUAUCCACGUCACUCGUGCGAUUACUAGCGAAACGAAUCAUUAUAGAAAAGAACAACACUACGUUUCCUUCGUGAAAUAAUAAAGAAAGCGUAUAAUUUUAUCCAAAACAAAUUUGUGCGCCUUGAAAAAAAAGAUAUGAGUUUUUAAAGCUCGUUAAAGACAUAUAAAAAUAAAAAAAUAGUAUCAAAAAUUAUAUAUAUAUAUAUAUAUAUAGACGGAAUGUGAAGAGCGAAAUUGAUAUAUUAGGGACAUAUAGAUUCUUGAGUAACACUUGUGUAAGCAAUUUUAUUUACCGACCUCUAAUAUAGUAUAUAAAUUUUUUUGAGUGUUCUUAUAUUACUAAUUAAAUCAUACUUUGUGUAUUAUUUGACAGUUUCAUUAAAUAAUUGCACGUUUACAUAAUUAGACUUCAUGCAUAUUACAAGUUAUCAACCGUCAUGAGAUUGUGUGUCAAGAGCAAUCGUCACUUAUAGUAUUACAUAGUUUUUCUCCUUUUUCUAUUGUAUAUAAAUUAUGUCCAUAAAAAAUAUAUGCAUAAACAUCUUUUUCGUUUCUUAUUGCUACUAGCAAUGAGUUUUUUUCGGUACAGUAUGAUUAUAUAUAUCUGUACAUCACAAUAGUCGCAGUUAACAAUAAAGAAAAAUGAAAAAAUAUAUCAUUAUGUCAAUCAAUAAUAUAGCUUGUUUUGUGAACAUUAAAUAUGUAAUCGAUUUAAUUAUAUGUUUUGUAAAUUUUUUGAAAAUUAUAUAUAUAUAUAUAUAUAUUUUGUGUGUGUGUGUGUGUGUUUAUUCUCUAUUCAUCAAUAAAAAUAAUUAUUAUAGAUAAAUUAUUUUUGCAUCACUGACAGGAACGCAUCGCGUAAAAAAAAAAGAAAGCUUGUUAUAUAAAAAUUAUACUUCUGUUAAUAUAUUUUCAAUAAUUCAGAAAAAAAAUUAUCAUUCGUCAAAAUUUUUCAUUAAAUUAAAUUUUAUUUAUAUAUAAAAUUUAUAUACACACACACACACACACACACACACACACACACACACACACACACACACACACACACACACACACACACUCGUAUAUAUAUUAGGUUGGAUAUGAAACAUUUAGAAAUAUAAGUGGCGAGACAUUUACGCGUAAUUACGAUCUAUUCUCCGUGGAUAAAGCAAUUCCCGAAAAUGUCAAAUAUAUUUUUAUCGUCUUUUAUGUAUGAGUUUAUUGACAUUCGACAGCGACAUAGUUGUUAUUGUUUGCGCUACAUGUGACCGCUCAUAUUAUAUCGUCCUAGCGAGAAAGACACCUUCAGCAUUCUAUUUAGACACAAGAUCACGUCUGAUAAUUGUCUUCGGCAAUAGAUGUAUAUUUAUAUCACGUCAAUGUACGAGACGAGCAUGACGAAAUACCGAGUGUUAUUACAAGUAAAUGCACGAGCAUUGACGGGCUUCGUAAGCGGUCGGCUGAUACCUGAUGAUAAUAACACAAGAAGAUGUUUCUGCAUAAGUGGAUAGAUGCGACGUAAUGCUUGCCAGAAUAUAAUGGCUUCUUUCAGAAGCACGCUAUUGCAAAGGUGACGGUUGUCGCGAAUGUAAACACGAGGCCGCUUACGAAAUUUUCAUUUCUACAUACGCGAAAUUAUUGACAUAAAAUCAUCGAUUGGUGGAGCAGUCCAUCGCAGCAAAUAUCAAUAAUCAAAGUCAUUAUUAUUGUUGCAAAAACUUAUCCAUUUUUUGAAAAAAACUCGUAAAUAGUUAUGUUAUUGCAGCUUAAUUAUUGAUAAUUUUACAAGUACAUAAGUACUUAGUAUAUAAUCGAUAUGUUUAUUUAGCACUUAUCUUAAAAACGGAUGUGAAAAAAAGCAAUACAACAUUAAUUAACAUCAAUUUACAAUUCACAUAACAGCUACUUUUUUGCGUAUCAUUCGAUAUAUUAAUUAAUACUUUUGCGCGGUUUGUAUUACAUACAUUUAUUAAAAUUAUAACGUGUGCCAAAAUGCAUUGCGCAAUACAUAAAUGUAUAUGUAUAUGUUGUUACAAAAAGUAUAAUACUUAAAAA